GCCUCCUUCCUAUCUUCCCCUUCCCCGGCUCUUCCUCUACCCCCCCCAACGCACAACCGAAGCCGCCCGCGACGCGGAACCCGGCAAAACCCUCGCGCUUUUGCCUCGCCUAGGGUUUCGGGCCGCCCCGCCUCUCCUCGCGCCCCCUUCGCGCCAUCACCCGCAGUCCCGGUUCGAUCCUCCCCGAUUCCCCGUUCCGGGUAUUAUCCGGUGUCUACGGGCGUUGAUGAGGUAGUUGCGGCGGUAGAUGGGCGCGAUGGCGGCGGUGAAGGUGGAGGAGCCCGAGGGGAGCACGGGGAACUGGUGGAAUCUGGCGGCGUCGAGCCCGUCGCCGUCGGUAUCGGAGGCCGGAAGCUAUGGAGGCGGUGCGCUGAUGUCGCCGGUGGAGUCCAACCCCGCGGACUCAGUCUCUGGUCGCAGGCGAACAAGUGGCCCUGUGAGGAGAGCUAAGGGUGGCUGGACUCUAGACGAGGAUGAAAAAUUGCGGAAGGCAGUGGGUGCUUGUAAUGGAAAAAAUUGGAAGAAGAUAGCUGAAUCUUUCCCUGAUAGAACAUCAGUACAAUGCCUGCAUAGGUGGCAAAAAGUUCUUAAUCCUGAACUUAUAAAAGGUCCUUGGACCCAAGAGGAAGAUGAUAUCAUUAUCAAUAUGGUAAAGAAGUAUGGCCCCAAAAAGUGGUCCCUGAUAGCAAGGUCACUAGAUGGUCGCAUUGGUAAACAAUGCCGAGAGAGGUGGCAUAAUCAUUUGGAUCCUCAAAUAAUUAAAGAGGCCUGGUCUGUUGAGGAGGAGCGUGUGGUUGCUGAUGCUCAUCGUUUGCAUGGGAACAAAUGGGCAGAAAUUGCAAAACUUCUUCCUGGAAGGACUGACAACUCGAUAAAGAACCAUUGGAAUAGUUCAUUGAGAAAAAGGCUAGGUGACUACAAUGCCAGCAGGGCUCUGCCAGUUUCUGUGCAUAUGGUUCACAAUAGUUUUAAACAUGAAAAGGCAAAGCUAAGUGGUGGGAACCAUAUUGACUUGAACAAGGAGCCCAAUAUCAAUUUGGAACGCCCCCCAGAAAUAGUUGACCAUUCUGAACAUGCAACUCAUCUGCACGCUUGCAGUUUAAAAAAUAUUAAGAGCUGUUCAGAUUUUCUUUCUCUUGCUAUGCCAACUGCUCAGCCAAAAAAAUUGUGUGAGAUGUUAGGAGGUGGUUAUUCUGCUGUUGCUUUAGCAGGAAUACAAGGGCUAAAAAUGGAUUUUGUUCAUGACAAGGGCACAGAAAUAAAUGUUGUUUGUAAGGAACGUUUGAAAAAUGACUUGCUCAAUGUGGAGGUGCGAAAACUUGAUCAUGCAACGGAUACAAUAGGGUAUUCAGGAUCAGCAAAGGUAGAAGGCAAAACAGUCAACAAUAUGUGCAAAUUAUUCUUGCCGAAUGAGUCUAACUCCUUUGGUUCUCUUUGUUAUGAGAUACCUAAGCUAGAAGAUGUUGUCCCUUGUCACUCCCCUGUUUUUUCUACACCUCAUAUACAACAAUGCUGUGAGGAUGGAUUCCUACCACCUGUGGGCUAUACUACCUCUUCUAGGGAUGGAGACAUAUCAGAUCAACUGAGUGUUGAAUCAAUAUUGAAGAGUGCAGCUGAAAACUUCCCAGGUACUCCUUCAAUUUUAAGGAGAAGAAAAAGGGAGACACCAGCACAUGAUGAAGAUAGUAAUUUGAAGAUUGCUAUAUUACACAGUAAUAGUUUUCAUACUCCCUUGGGAAAGUGCACUACAGAAAGUCCGCAUUCAUUCAAGACUGCAACAUUUUUGUCCCUGGGCCCUCCAGAUAACGAAGGGUUAUCUGCUACUUUAGGGAGUUUUGAUGUUUCCCCUCCAUAUCGACUAAGGUCAAAAAGGAUGGCUAUCUUGAAAACCGUUGAGAAGAAGCAUCUAAAUUUUUCAUCAGAUGAAAUGGAUAAUUAUGAUAGUCCUGAUACUAUGAAGAAGUAUUCUUCCUGGAAGACUGAAUGCACCAAUACCUACACAGAUGUUUCAAGCAAGCAAGAAAUGAAAAUGACGGAGCAUAUGGUUGACUUGGAAACUUUAGCCAAGGACUUUACACACACAACCAAGUUAGAUCUGAUUUAAUUCUACAGCAUCCAGGAACAACUGACAGCAUACUGAAGUCGGCAAGAAAAUCUGACGCGUCUAAAAUGAAUAAAUGUUCCUAUACAAAUAGAAAGCAUUACCGGAGAAACAGCAUAGUUUCUGGUUGGAUUGAUCUACCCAGCCUUCUUUCCUUGGUGUGGGGUGUACAAAGCCUUCUCUUAUCCUAGAAAUAUAUCUUUUUUCUUUAUAUACAUAAUAUAGGAUGCAUUUGGCUAGUUACAUCAUGUGGGUUCACAGAUUGUACUCCAAUAUUAGAUGAUUGAAGGUGCACAACUGUGUACCAAGAAAAAGCAUAGCUAAGCUUACAAAUGAAAACCAAAAAAUUUCUCUAUAGUCCCCGGACAGGGUUCUUUCUCCAA